CUAUUUAUACUCUACUACCUUUUGAGUGCAGAAACAUAUUCACACAAGCGUGUAAGUCACUCCUGGUCAAUGUCUGUUGUCUCCGGUGCUGGUGUCUUGAGUCCUGUUGUGGUUGUCAAUAUGGACUGUCAAGAAGAUGAAGUGUUAGUAAGAAAAGUCUAUGAGAUGUAUCAUAAAAUCUCAAGGCUAGAAAACCUCAACCCUAGUGACCAUGUCAACACCCUCUUCACUCAACUUGUACUUACAUGCAUGUCUCCCUGCCAUAUUGAUGUUACCAAGCUGAGCAAAAGAGUUCAAGACAUGAGAUGUAGGUUGAUUAAGCUAUGUGGGAAAGCUGAGGGACUUUUAGAAAGCCAUUUCUCAACUCUCAUAGGAUCUCAACAGAACCCACUUCGCCACAUCGGUCUCUUCCCCUACUACACGAAUUACCUCAAGCUUACCAAUCUAGAGUUCACCAUGCUCGGUAAAGAGUAUUGCGAUGGUCAAGUUCCAACCAAAAUUGCCUUCUUAGGAUCUGGACCUCUCCCUCUUACUUCCAUCAUCUUGGCCUCUCAGCACCUGAAGACAACAACUUUUCAUAACUAUGACAUUGAUCCAUUGGCAAACUACAAAGCAUGGCAGCUGGUUUCAUCAGAUCCUGACUUGUCGAAACGAAUGUUUUUCCAUACAUUGGAUGUUAUGGACUUGUCAAGUCAGGCUUUGGAGGAGUAUGAAGUUGUUUUCUUGGCAGCUCUUGUAGGGAUGGGCAAGGAAGAGAAGACUCAAAUCAUUGAUCACUUGGCAUUGCACAUGGCCCCAGGAGCCUUCUUGUUGCUGAGGAGUUCACAUGGAGCUCGAGCAUUUCUGUAUCCUGUUGUUGGUCCUCAUGAGCUUCAAGGUUUUGAGGUUCUUUCAGUUUUUCAUCCAACUGAUGAGGUCAUUAAUUCAGUUAUUGUUGCACGCAAAUGCCUAAGGCCUGUCUUUCCAUUGAAUCAAGGGUUCAACUCCACUGUGUCACCCAGCAGAUGUUCUGAGAUCCAAGGUUUCAAGUCCUUAAACCAAGUGAACAUAAUUGAAGAAUCAACAAUUAAUGAGAAACUCUCUUGAAUCCUUCAACCGGCUGCUUUAAAAUCUGCAUGUGUAACUCGUAAUUUCAAGUUAAUGUUUGCAUAAUAAGCUUCUUUUGUUUUUCUUCUCGUCAAGUAAACAAAUGGAAGAACAAUUCUCCAGGGAAUUAUUAAUUGAAAUAAGCAUGUGGAGCAAAGAAAUAUUUUUACAUAUCGGUACCCAUAACAUUGAUGUGGUUACUUCGAAGUAAAAAAAGU